GAAUGGUGGCGUUUAUGGGACGUUGUUAUUUUUGAACUCUCAUUAUAGCUAGCUCAUAAAACAUGGAGUCAAGUGUUUCAGUGAAAAUGCAGUUUGGUGCUUUUAUAUUUCUAGUUUAUCUAGUGAUACCAUCCAUUUCAGCAGAGGAUGUUAGCUACCAGGCUUGUGUUGAUAAGUAUUCAAGAAAAGGCUACCAACCAUGGCAAGAAUGGUCUGAUCACUAUACUUGCCAUCGAUACAGAUGUGAAAUCAGAGAUGGAAAAUAUUUUAUUGCCGCCGUUGGAUGCCGGAAGCCAAAAAUACCUGAAAACGCAUUAGAAUGUCACGAAUAUAUUGAAGACGAGAAUGUUGAAUUUCCUACAUGCUGCGCUCGCCUGAGAUGUGUAGUUGAAUUAAAUGGUGAAAGAAUUGUACAAACUCGAGGACAGCCUGGAGAACUGUUCCCUGAUAAACCCUGGAAAGGCCAGCAGAACGAGCCCAACCCAGCUGUAGUUGGCAUGGGUGGAAUCCAGCAAAACACCGUAGGAGGAGAACCCCAAGGACAGCCAGCUCCUGGUAUCUUCAACAGCCGAGGCGCAGCGGAUGGCAACGAUAUUAAUGGGCGACGAUAUGUAGACCCCUACCCCACGCAGCAGAUGCAGGAUUCCCCGAGGAAGAAGCGAUCCACCGUCUACCCACUUUUCGACAGAGGACUUCCCCGUGAUGCUGGAUCUUACCAGCCACAUCAAGUAAAAAUCCACGGUUUCUCACCUGAAAGAUACACUUCAUAUUUCUCAAAUAGCGUCAAAGGAUUACACAACCCAAAACUUCACUUUAACAUGUCAUAGAGUGUCCUAUUUGGUAUAAAAUGUAAAAAGCUUUAUUUAUUAUUUGUAUAAGUUGACACAAAUGCACAAGGUUUGCCAAAUCAAUGCAAUGUUAUUUAUUUUGUUAUUGUUAUAAGUCUAGAUAUGUUUUGUUUAUUGAUAAGCACGUUUUG